UUAUCUUUUGUCAGUGAGAACCCGUCUAUCCUUCGGAGUGAGGCAGCCAACGCUUCAGCCAUCCUCAACAGACUACUAAGGAAAAAAUGUUAUGACAAAAAGACCCGGCCCAACGUGACUGGUACAUUAAUAAUAACUCGCAAUUCAAUUCUCCUUUCCCAGGGCUGAAAGACAUUUGUGUGUAAAUUAGACUAGUGAGGGGUAUUGGGUAGCACAUCAAGUGUUCAACCUGUUUUGAACCUGCUUUGAUUCUGGUUGAAAAAGAUUAGGAAAGACAAGGCUCUCUUCACUAUAUAGAUAAACAGAAACUGAACGAAUCGCAACACUAGAUGACCAUCUCUUGCAGGUCCACCAGAAAUAGUAAACGUGAGUAUGGCGAUCAAGGCAUUCAGUGAAAUCAAAGAAUCUAACAUGGUGAGUAACAAGAGUAAAGCUUAUUUCUGAUAAGAGAAUUGAAUUUUUUUCAGGGAAGAAACUGGUCGAUGUAUUAGGAGGGUUGAAUAAACACGGUAUAAAGUGGUCAGAAAACGGAUGCCCCAUCAUUUUUCAUCACCUGGGGGGGGGAGGUCUUUAGAAUACUAAGGAGCCUUACGGUGGGAAUCAGGAAAAUUUUAUUGUGAAACAACCGCAAUCUCCGAAUUCCCCUUCUACCGCUCCCUCGGCAAUAAAUAAUGACCAGUCCGUAAUUCAGUGGAAAUCGAGCUUGGUUCGAGUCAGCACGAAGCUCGAGUUCGCGAGAGAUUAUAUUAUCUGGUGUCGAUUGUAAGUUUAACUUACGAGCCUGACCUUCAUUGACCUGAAGCGAGUAGGAAUAUUUCUACUACUCCUUGGUGGGAUACUCGUAUAACAUGUUCCCCCGCCCCAAUGAAAAUAUCAAAAGUUUUCCUUCAAAAUUUAUACUUUGGGUGGAGGGAGAGUGACGUGCCUUGCCCAAUGAGACAAUACGAUGGCGCGGCCUGGGCUCGAACUCAAACCUUUGAACCAGGUGUCCAUGGCACUUUUCACCAGGCCACCUCUUCAUGCGAAGAACAUGUUGCAGAAUAUGAAGUCUCAAUAAUUCACGAUAACCAUCUCAUCAAUUUUUUUUAGGAAUUUCAAGUGUACGUAUAUUUCCGCCAACAGUGGUUCGACAAAAGGCUUGCUCAUAAACAUGAAGCCACACUAGCACUCGGAGGGACAGACGUCGAACGCAUUUGGCUUCCAGACACUUAUAUAACAAACGCUAACGACUACGAAGUUUUUCCGUCCAAUCAGCUGGUCUUAAUUGACUCUGAGGGCAAAAUUUAUUACUUUGCCUAUGUGAGGAUAGCUGGGGCAUGUCAAAUGAAUCUUGUCAAAUUUCCAAUGGAUGUACAGCGCUGCCAUCUGACUUUGGAAAGUUGUAAGUAAAGGCUGACUUAACUGCUUCGCGCAUUUCUUAUCUGGAUUCUCCUCACAGCCUCCCCCCCCCCCGCCACCCUCAUUCCCCUUCCGCGUUGGCCUCAUGGUCAGUUCAGUGGACGUUGAGUGGAGAAGCCCAGGUACAAGACCUAGCCAAGUCAUUGUGUUGUGUUUUGCCUCUCUCUCAAGAGUGUGAAUGAGAACUGGCGAAUUAUCAGGGAAAUUUUAUGAAAUGCAGGGGGGGGGGACCUUGCAAUGGACUAGCAUCCCAUCGGGGGUGGGGGGGAAGUAUUAUUACUCCUCGUCGCUUCUUGCUAUGAAAAAUGUGAUAAGUCAAGCCGCAUGGGCCAUACGGCUCGGGUACAGAUUGUGUUUUGCCGCGUUUGACACGCGCAAUAAAUAACGAGAUACUUUUCGUUCGCUUUAUUUCUUCUCAGUUCGUCAUACCAUUGAAGAGAUGGACUUUAAGUGGAAGGAGAAGGAACCUAUCGCUCUGUUCAAUGAAGAGUUAGCUGAAUUUGAUGUGGUUAAACACGAAGUGAAGACUAAAAAAGCUAAUUACAUUUCAGGUUUGGCUUCUUCGCUUCUCUCGUAAGAGAGAAUUCGCGUCACUGCGUAAACAUGAACUUCAGUAUUUGCUGUUUAGGAAAGGUCUUGAAGGUAUCAGCAAAGUUUGUGCAAAAAUGACCACGCUGUUGAAGUUUUCCUACGUUUUAUAUUUCAUUUUACGAUUUUCCUCUUCCUCUCCCCCCUCGGUACUUCGGUACUUCAUUUUCUAUUCACGCGUGGCGCACGUGAUUUUACCAUACUAGCCAAUCACGUCAAACGAUUCUAACUUUGGCUUUGGCUUUGAACUUAACGACGCCAAUUCAAUAACGCUUUCCCUGUUUUUUUUUCUUCUUAUCUUAUAAUUGAUUAUUUAUAGCCUUGAAUGGUUUUGGUGACUGCCGGGGCUGGCUUAGUAAGGAGUUUUUGGACUCUUCUGUGGGUCUCCCUUGACAAAAGAUGUUAUUUCAUAUUCAUAUGUUUGUAUUUACAGGCUUAAUUGCCGUGAAUUGUGAUAAGUAAAUAAAUAAAUAAAUAAACAUAAAUAGCUCCUUAACAACCUCAUUAAACUUUUCUUUUAGGGGUUUACCAAAACUUGAUUGUGACGUUCACAUUCCAUCGUCGCAUGGGUUUUUACUUCAUUCAGUUCUACAUCCCAUGCAUUGUGAUGGUUUCUCUAAGCUGGAUCUCGUUCUGGAUGGAUCGAUAUUACAUCGGGGAACGACUCUCCCUCGGGAUCACGACCAUUCUUACGAUCGUUUUCCUAUUGGGUUCGAGUAACUCGACCAUGCCCCGUGUCAGUUACGCGAAAGCGAUCGACUGGUAUCUCCUUGGUUCAUUUAUCUUUGUGUUCUCUACGCUUGUCACAGAUUUACUUGUCUAUAGGUUCCGAUCUAAAGAAGAACAAAGGAAAAUGGACGCUGGCAAAGAAGCGAAGGUAGGUCGUGAGUAGAUGAAUAUUCUUCCUGCCCGACAUGUCUGGGAAACUGUCAUACUUUGAGGCGUUUGAUAAUCGAGCCCCAUAAAGCAAACAACCCUGUAGAACAAGGUUGGGUUCCCUUUUUUGCUUCAUUCCUUCGAUUCUUCCUUCUUUCCAAUCAUCCUUUUCCUUCCUUCCUCUCUCCAGUCAUCCUUCUCCUUCCUUCCCCUCUCUAGCCAUCCUUCUCCUUCCUUCCUCUCUCCAGUCAUCCUUCUCCUUCCUUCCUCUCUCCAGUCAUCCUUCUCCUUCCUUCCUCUCUCCAGUCAUCCUUCUCCUUCCUUCCUCUCUCCAGUCAUCCUUCUCCUUCCUUCCUCUCUCCAGCCAUCCUUCUCCUUCCUUCCUCUCUCCAGCCAUCCUUCUCCUUCCUUCCUCUCUCCAGCCAUCCUUCUCCUUCCUUCCUCUCUCCAGUCAUCCUUCUCCUUCCUUCCUCUCUCCAGUCAUCCUUCUCCUUCCUUCCUCUCUCCAGCCAUCCUUCUCCUUCCUUCCUCUCUCCAGUCAUCCUUCUCCUUCCUUCCUCUCUCCAGUCAUCCUUCUCCUUCCUUCCUCUCUCCAGUCAUCCUUCUCCUUCCUUCCUCUCUCCAGCCAUCCUUCUCCUUCCUUCCUCUCUCCAGCCAUCCUUCUCCUUCCUUCCUCUCUCCAGUCAUCCUUCUUCAACUUUAUUUCAGUGUCAAUGCGUUUAGCUAUAAUAUUAGCUAGCAAGAAACAUUAACUAAACUAAAGUAAAAUUCUAAAAUUUAAUCUCCUUACCACUCCUUGAGUCUGUUUUAAGCCAAUCUAAACAACAGAGUGGUAACAAUUAUAAAAAAUGUUUCCAAAGCAAUUCGAGUGCACUGAUAUUUAAUUUAUCUUCUUUAAGCCUCAGAACAACAAAGUAGUGUUCCAAUGUAAACAUGGUUGCCAACCAAACUUCGUCGCAGAUGCUAAUGGCCACAUUCAUCUGGUGAGCCAGCCAGAGAAUUCGAACCGCGCGGAACAGAAAGCGCAAUGUACUGAAGGGCUGAGAACGUGUUGUGUUGCAUGCUACCAGCCUAGAGACACGAAAACCGACCUCAGCGUUGUGACCAACAAGUGCUGUCGGUAUAUGUUUCCUAUAUCGUUUGCUGUUUUCAACUUGGUGUACUGGUUGGCUUUUAGUACUUGA